AUGAACAGUGACACCAAAUUGAUUGGGUCCAUUCCCGAUAUAGACAUUGAUGAAACGCUAAAUGUGGAAGGCCAGUACUACCGAGAGGGAGUUGAGUCUGGCUUGGCACAGGGAGCAGCAGACCAAUAUCGAGAUGGACUUCAAUAUGGAUAUCAAACUGGGUACCAACGGUUUCUCGUUGUAGGGUACUGCAAAGGACUAUGGGAAUGGUGGAGUUACAAAUAUGGCGAUGAUAAAGAACAUGAACGUAUUAAAUGCCAUUUAAACCAAUUAGAGACUUAUUUAAAGGAGAUAGAUAAUUCAAACGAUGAAGCAGUGGUGGAGAAAUACGAAAAGACGGUAAUAAAGAUUAGAAACAAGAUCAGAGUCAUAGCUACGGUCUUGAAGGAACCCCAAUUGGCUAAGGCUAUAGAUGAUGUGAUAGCCAUUGGUGGACAAGUUCAUUUGAAUGAAAAUCCUGAUGAUAUGUGGUAA